CUUUCUGUUUUUUCAGCAUUUAUUAUGAGAACUUACAUUUGCCAUAUUUGUAGUAUUACCUUUACAUCUUCAGAAAUGUUCCGGUCCCAUAUGCAAGGAAAUGAACAUCAAACUAAAGAAACCCUUGUUAUCAGUUUAGUGAAGAAUUCAAAGACACAAGAGACGGAAUGUGAAGAUUACAUUAACAUGCAGAAAGCCAGAGGACUACAGUCAAGCACUUGUUUCAGAAGGAUGGAAGAGAGCUCCUUGGAAACAUGUGGGUACAGAGAAGUAAUUGAUUUCAGACCGAGGCAUAGAGUGUUUGAGCAAAGAUUACCAUAUAAGACUUUCCAGACAUACCCAAUACAGUACAAUAUUUCACAAGCAAUGGAAAACCAGUUACCUCAUUACUUACCAGAUUAUUCACAAAAGAAGUAUGAUUCUUUUCAAGGUGAACUGGAAGAUUACAUGAAAGUGCAGAAAGCCAGAGGACAAGAGGAAAAAACUUGUUUCAGGAAGAUGGGAGGUAACUUUAUAGAAAGCCGUAAGUAUAGAGAAAUGGUUGAUUCUGGACCUAGACAUGAAAUGUUUGAACAAAGAUUUUCAUUUGAGACUUCUCAGACCUACCAAGGACCGUUCAAUAUUUCACCUGUGGAAAACCAGCCAUCAUCCUGUUGGUUACCAGCUCCUUCAAAGAGGACAUAUGACUCCUUCCAAGAUGAACUUGAAGAUUACAUCAAAGAGCAGAAAGCUAGAGGACUAGAGCCAAAGACUUGCUUCAGAAAGAUGGAAGAUAGCUCUAUGGAAACCCAUGGGUACAGAGAAAUGGUUGAUUUCAGACCUAGAAUGUUUGAGCAAAGAUGCGCAUUUGAGACUUCUCAGACCUACCCAGGAUCAUGCAAGAUUUCACAAGUAGUGGAAAAACAGUUGCCUCAUUGCUCAUCGGCUCAUGACAGCAAACAUAGAUCAGAUCCUGUGAACUAUUAUCAACAAACCAGAGACUGUUUCUCAGAAAAACCAGUACCCCUGAGCCUUAGUCAACAAGAAAAUAAUUCUGGCCCAUACAGUGUAGAAUCUGAAGUUUACAAGGACAUCUCUUCAGAAAACAAUACCAGUGACCAUCCAUCAGGUCAUAAGCGGAGACAUCAGAAGAGAAGGCGGCAUCAGGAAGAAGAAGAAAAGGCAGAGAAAGAGCAGUCCAAACAUAAAAGGAAAAAGAGUUAUGAGGAUGUAGAUUUAGAGAAAGACAAGAGCAUCCAGCAAAGGGAAAAAACCGUGGAUAAAAUCAGUGUCAGUUCAGGAAAGCUUAAGCAUCGAAAGAAAAAAAAAAGUCAUGAUGUAGCCUCUGAGAAAGUAGAGCGUAAGCACAGAAAAGAUAAGAAGAAACAUGCUGAAGAAAGGACAGAAGAGGAAAUGCUUUGGGAUGAGUCGAUUCUUGGAUUUUGA